GUUCACGCCAGUUCACGCCACAACGUCAGUUGAUUACAGAUGAUACUUGACAUCAGUGCGGGCAUUAUUUGUGAGAGGAGGUACUCAAAGGUAGUCAGGUUAUGUCGAUCAUAUCGUGUCGUAUAUGUACAUAUAUGCGUACAUCAAUGUAAAUUAGUAAAUUAGGAGAUCACUCCCUCUAAUGUUAAGGUUGAAUCGACGAGGUCUCAUAUCGCUCGACGUGUCGGCUGACUGGAAACGCAUCUGUAACGGAAGAUACGAACUAAUACAUAUAAAAAGAAGAAGAAGUGAUUGAAUUCUAAUGUCAAUUAUUGGAAACGCACGAUGGAGCAACUAGAAGUAAGGAUUGUACUAAGAUUGUGCCUACUCAACAUUUUAACAAUAAACUGGAGCAGUGCAGCUGCAAUAGGUCCUAAAGAUCAAUAUCAAAGUCUGAUUAGCCUAGGUGGUCAAGGCUUAUACAAUGCCAGUGACGAUGUAGUAGUACUCAAUGCCACAAAUUUCAAGGCAAAUGUUUAUGGGAGCACUAAGAGCUGGCUAGUCGAGUUUUACAAUAGUUGGUGCGGCUUUUGUUACAGAUUUGCACCAACAUGGAAAGCUUUGGCGAGUGACAUUCUACCUUGGAAUGACAUUGUCAUCGUUGCGGCCAUAGAUUGUGCUGACGAUGAUAAUAAUCCAAUCUGUCGCGAGUACGAAAUCAUGCACUAUCCAAUGUUGAAAUAUUUCUCUAUAAACGCGCACCCACCGUCCUUGGGUAUAGUAAUAGAAAAAGGGGACAGCGUUGAUUCAGUGAGGCAUAAUUUAAUUAGUAGGCUCGAAACGGAACAACAGGAAGGACGAGGAUCUACUUGGCCUAAUAUUGCGCCGUACAGGAACGUCGAAAUAACGGACAUAUGGAAAACAACGUCUAGCAGUGUAAAGUAUUUCUUCCUGAUUUUCGAAAGCACAGAUUCACAUUUGGGCGCAGAAAUCAUUCUCGAUCUCCAUAAAAUCAGCAGUUUACAGAUACGCAGGGUGACUUCCGACAAUGAAUUAUUGUGCGUGAUGAACAAGGUCACCAAAUUUCCCACUUUGAUAGCCUUCGGCCGUAAUGAGUCGCAGAGAAUCGUCAGCAUAAAAAUACCGACGAGACAAGGAGUUCGACGAGUCAUCAAGGAUUACGUGAUCGCGAGAGGAGUGAACAUCAACGAGGCGGGUACGACAGUGUCUCGUGACAUCGUGCCAAACACGGGAAACACGCAUCGAACAACAAUUGCAACGAUUGCUAAGAAUCACGAAGUAGUAGAGGAACAACUAUUAUCAUCGAGGAAACUUGAUGAUUAUUUAUACCAGCUCGAUCUAGAGAGUGCGCUACGUUUCUCGAUCAAUCACGAGAUACCCUUAAUGAAGUCGAUAGACGGUGAAAAAAUGCAGGCGUUACGAGGAUACCUUGCGCUUUUAGCGGCGUAUUUUCCUCUGCAACGUAAUAACGUGUAUUUGGAGGUAAUACGCGAUGUUGUCGAGAAGAAAAAUACCUUGACUGGCGAGGAAUUCAGCCAGGUGGCGAGAACGACGGAGGAGGAGAUGUCGCCGGUGUACUCGGGAGCGCCCCGUCAGUGGAUAGGCUGCAAGGGCAGCAUGGAUUCAUAUCGUGGAUAUCCCUGCGGAUUAUGGACCAUGUUUCACAUGCUAACCGUGAAUUUCGCACUGGAGCGUCAUAAAGACGUUACUCGGGCUCUCUCACGAGAUCCUGCGGCGGUGCUGCGAGCGAUGUACGACUACAUCAGGAAUUUCUUUGGCUGUGCUGACUGCGCCGCGCAUUUCGUAGAGAUGGCCAACAAAAACAAGAUAUUCAAUGUGCGCAGUAAGGACGAGGCCGUACUCUGGUUGUGGCGAGCGCACAAUCAAGUGAACGCUCGAUUGUCGGGCGACGACACGGAGGAUCCUGAACAUAAGAAGAUACAGUAUCCUGCGGUUGAGCAUUGCUCGGCGUGUAGAUAUGUUAACAACAGUUGGAAUGAGGAGGAGGUUUUACGAUAUCUAAAAACGAAGUACAGUUACAGCAGCAUCAAGUUUGAUGGGAUCAACACUUCUGACAACAUAGAUAUAACCAAUAGCAACGGCUCGAGAGUGAGACCAGAGAGACUCGCCAAGGAGACGAAGCGCUCCACGGCUUUUGGAUGGGAUUUAAACAUAUUUGACAUUAGCAUCUGUGUAGUGUUGUACGUUACCUCAGCCGCAAUACUCGUGCUAGUAUGUGUUAAGUUCGCCGUUAAGAGGACAUAUAAGAAAAAGGGUCACAUAAAUCUACUGCCCAAAGUAUAAUUUUCCUUGUUAUCCUAGGUAGCAAACUGAUGGUAUUUAUCGUUAUUUUAACGUCAAAAUAACGUCUUUGAAAAAUCAAAAUGACGAUAAUAACAUCAGCUUACUACUCAAGAUCGUUUACGCUUUACACGCUUUACACAUCGUGUAACGUUCUUGGACCAGCGAAUAUCACUUAGACAUUUGAGUUCUAAUCAAGACAACGGUAAGUCUCAAUUUUUUAGGUUGUGAUAUCUUCCAUUUGUAAUGAUCAUUCCAACAGCGAAAGUUGAAUUUGCAUUUGAGCGAAUACAAUUUAAGAAUUUUUUGCGUUAAACUAAUGGCGUUGUAGCGAUUUAAAUACUAUCGAUAGUAUUCCAGUAAAUCAAAGUAAAUUUAAACUCUAAAUGAAUUGAAAAACAUUCACUUGAUUUUAAGUAAAAAAAGUGUAAUGCAAUCAGAUAAUUUUUUGCAGAUUAUAAUGAUUAAAAUUUUGUUACCAUUAAAAACAGCAUGUGCAAUAUUUUAUGCAGAAUGCUCGCAAGCGAGGGAUUAACGAUAUCUUUUUUCGUACGUUUUUUCCUAAUAAUUUAAUUUUUAAAUAAUUCUUUUUUAAUUUUGUUUUUUAUAACGUUGCCUGAAUUUAUUCAAAGAAAAUAUUUUUAUUAUCUACGAGAGAUGGUUCUAUUUAAAGGUUUGCAUCGUUUUGUAAAAGAUAGAAAUAUAGACGUAUGUCUGGUAAUAUAUACAAGUAAUGAAAUAAGAAUGGAUAAAGUAUGUUUAUAAAAGAUGUAUUCGAUUGUUUAAUAGACCUGUUCUUUUUAGUCGAACUUUUUAUAUAACUUUCUUUCUCUUUUUUUCCGGAAAAAAAAAGGAAAAAAGAUGAACCAUGAAAAAAGUUCAACCAAGAAGAACUGACCUAAUGUAUCGCUAUACUGCGAGCAAUGUUCUUUCAUCACCUUUUUGUGGCGCGUCAGAGAGCACGCAUAUAUCCAUUUAUAACCACAUUAUGUGAAACCAUAUAUCAUCAAAGAUAAUCGGGAUGUUUAUAUAUACUACUUGAUAAAACUUGAUAUUUCAGAGGAUUUCUUUUUUGUGUCUUCAAAAAUUAUAGAUUUUUAUGGGAUUUUAUUGGUAUUUAGGGUAAUUUUUGGAAUUUUAUUUUUAAAUUCUUUUUCUGAAAAAAAUUGUUUCUUUGAUCAUUUUAUUAAUCAAUUAAGGAAAGUAUAUAUCUCUAUGAGUCAACACCAAUUUUUCUUGUGUAAACAAUUUUAUUAAUAAUGCAAAAUGUUGAUAAUCGGUUGUUAAUAAACGGUCGAUCGAUAUAUUAAUAUACAUCCGCGCAUUUAUUCAGUAUCGUCCAAAAGAUUGGAAUCGCUUAUGAUUUUCUCGUAUCUCAUGAAAAGUUAAAUAUCUCAGUGAAAAUAAUCGUAGAAAAGUUUUCAGAAAUAUAUUUUAAAGAGGAAAGAAAAAACUUUAAUGUCUUUUACUUUCGUCUUUAUAGUAUUUUGUUUUUAAUAGCGAAUUUAACAGCUUACGGUGAUUGUGAGUACAAACUUUUUCGGUGCGACACAUUCGAUCAAUGUCCUCAGUCCUAUGUUGUGUUUGACAAAUAAAAAUUGCGCGAGGGUAGCGCUAAUUUUAUUUUUUAUUUGGACAAAUUAAACUGAAUGACGGCAAACUUUAUUGCACUGAAAUUUUUGACAGUACGGUUAAAUGACACUGAAAUAUAUGGGCGAAAUGAUAGCUAAAAUUUAUAUUAUAAACUUUUUAUAAACAAACAGUAAUAAUUAUGAAGUUCUUAGUAUUUUGUAUGGAAAACAAUUAUUAAGUAAUAUGUGUAUUUGUUAAAAUGAAAUUAAAAUAGAUUAUUUAUUGCAUACAUAUAAGAAAUUACAUGUCUCAAUCAUACACUUGGUAUCAAUCUCACGCCAAUUCAGUACCAUUUCAUUUUAACAUUGUCCUAAAUUAAUAUUGAAAUCAAUUGAAUUUAUUCGAAGAUUAUGCUGCACUAUCAGGGCAGAGUCGGUACAGAAUCAGUAAAGGUUUACCUAAUUCGCUAUAUAAAUUAUAUAAAAUUCAUGCUUUUUCUAACAUUAUUUUUACUUUAAGUGCUGACGACUUGUUUGAUGAUUAUCGAACAAAAUUAACAAAAAAUAUUAAUUUAAAAAUAGUUUUAAAUUUUAAAAUGGUAUUUAAAAGAAAUUGGUGCAAUAAUUUCUCACACCAAUAUUGAAUUUUUUGUGCAAUAUUUCACUUCUUAUUAAAUGCUUUUAAUUUUGAAACUUUAAAGGGUUUACAGAAGAAAAAAAAAGAAAAAAAUGUUGAUAACAUGCUUGAUUCACAUAAUUUUUUUUGAAAAUUUUUUUAUAUUUUUAUGAAAUGCGAGAAGAUCUCAAACGUUUCAAACUUAUGAACAAUAAUGUAUAUUUUUUUAUAAUUUCGCGAAAUUUUAUUUAAAAAAAUUUAAGGUGAUAGUAGAAGACAAUAUUAUAUUAUAAUGAGCCUUUGCUACUGUUUUAUAGGUUUUGCAGCUUUAAUUGUAGAAAAAGAUAUAGAUUCCUGGAAUCUUUGUCUUUUAUUAUGUAUAUUUACUUUGUUCGCGUUGCUUAUACUCUAAUUUAUUUCAAAGUUUUAUUGAAAAUUUCUCAAAUUAAAAAUUUUGAAUAGAAACAUCUGAACAUCUGAAAAUUCUUGAGAAAUUUUUUUAAGAUUUGAAUAAAAAACAUUUUGGUAAAACAAUGUACAACGCAAAUGUUUAGUAACUUCUUUAUCUGAUGGUAGAGUGCAACAUGACUGAAAUGGUUUUCUGUCGAGUUAUUAUUGUUAUUAAUAUAAUAUUAUUAUAGAUAUAAUUGAAAACCCUAAACAGUAUAAAAUCAUACUAUAAUUAAUUGUUACAGAAUGUAAGAUUGAAAGAAAGAUAUUCUCCUAUUAUUACUUUAGUAGUUUUCAGAAAUGUUUACAUGAGCCUUCCUUAUACAUAUUUUAUACAGUCGUUCUUUUACACUUUUACAUGAGAAACCUUAUACCGUUUAGGGUGUACCGUACCGGCAGGUGUUCAGACGAAGAAAAGAAUCGUACACCCAAUAACUGUUGAUAUUUAAUUAGAUAUUAAACAAAUAAAUGUCAAAUAAAAAAGAUAUCGUAAUACUCUGGUUGGCACAUUGUAAAUUGAAAAUUUGAGUAAAAAGAUGAUAUAAAAGA